GAAGAUUGUUCCGAGCGACGGAGAGUUGUUAAAGAGCGUUCGCUCUUGGCUCUGUUAUUCGGAAAAAUCUGGCGUUGCUGACUGUCCUCACAAAUCCUUCUUGCCUUCCAUUUUGCUAGACAGGAGCAAUUUGCGUCAAGGUCAACCAGAACCUGGCCUUGUGAAACUUAGCAAAGAGACCUAUCGCUUUCUGUGGACCGUGGUCUCCGUGUUAACUCGGAGAAGUGCUGACAAAAAGACUCUAGAUUAUAUGGAGACACAUGCCAUGGCUUUAGACUUACUUGUUGGGCAAGUGAAAUUCAUCUACCAGGAUACAACGCCUACAUCUACUGAAGCGGGACAAGGAGGACCGGAAGAUGAUGCAGGAAAGCAGGUAGCGAAUGUCAUCAUGGAAUUGCGUGGUGAACUCAUCAAGCCAAAAGAAACUGGUGGCACCACGACAGGAGAUGCAGCUGCUACCACCGAUCCUGCUUGGUUAAUCAUAGAGUUAGAGAAGAAACUCAAAUCAACGGAUGACUUGGAGGUCUUGCCUGUACGGUAUGACUUUUGCGUAGACCUGUCGACGACGAGUGGCCGACAAGAUGGUCUCAUGACGAAGGUUAAGGCUAGAAGAGAUUAUCCAUCUUAAUAACCAGUAUUUUCGGUGACCCGUUUUCGUCUAAGGGGAAAUGGUCGCCAGGGUUUUCUAAUGGGAAACCACAUCCACCAGGAUAAUUACUCCACAAGAUGUAUUUCUUGUCUAGGAUACUCACUCCACAUGAUGCAUUUCUAGUCUUCUAGCUCUAAGGAAAACCCGGUUCUCAUGCAGGCACUACAAGGUGGCUCUGCAGAAGAUGCGCCAGGAGCUCCCGCCGUUGUGGUUGGCUUACUGCGAAUGGCGUCGAUUUCGUUCUUGCAAGAAGUCUGCGUGUUUUUAUCACCUUCGGAUGGGGACAAGAAUCGAGAAGCGGGUGUCUUCAAGCAGCUCAGCAGUAUCCUGAAGACUGUGGGAGAGUUGAUAAGGCUAAUAUCAAUAGAUGUUUAUAUAUAACUCGUUAAUUUCUCACGGGGUCUUGUUCAGUCUGUCUCUGUCUCUACGUAUGAUGUGAAUGCAACAAUAAAAAAUAACUAUGUCCUCUAAAUAUAAUUCAUUUACAUUUAUUUUCUGACAUUAUGGUAAUAUGAACUUACGAUUUAUUUUGAGAAUUAUCGCGAGCUCUAAAUUUGGGUCGGCCUGGCGAAGUUUCUGGAGAUUUCUCGAACAGCUUCUGUGUGCCAGCGGAUAUCCAAUCGUGGACCCCUACAAGAUGGAUAGAUGCGUGUGGUGUGUUCGCUCCAGAUCCAAAAAAGCAAACAGAGGAUUCCGAGAAUUGGAACGUGCAGAAGCAUGUUGUUGGCAAGCUCUUCGUGAGCAAAGCACAAGAAGAUCCUGAACGCGAUGGCCUGAAAAAGGCCCUUGCUAGUUGGCGAGAGAGGGACGUAUCCAUUCGAUUUCGAAUGAAAAAUAAGCUGAAUAAGGAUAAGGAGAAAGAAACAGACACAGAAUACUACAAGCAAUUGCUCUCUCUGCGUGAUUGGGAACCAGCGAGCUUCGUUACGAUUCAUCUUCUUGUUGUUUUCUGGAUUCGAGCUACACUAGAGAUGGUUGCGAAGCCCAAGCCUAUUCAUUCAUUCAACCAAUCAAGGAAUUCGUCGAAGUCUCAGUCUGUCUGAAACAACAUGUUGCAGGAGAAACACAUUGUAGACCAGUAAAAUUUACCCUUUAUUGUUUUUUCGACGUGUCUAAUUCCCUAGGUUUUCUCUCGCAGAUUUUCUCACCCUUGAACCCCGUCACCACGGACACGAAGUCCACCGAAAGACCCGCGACACAGCUUCCGAGUCGCGCAUUACAUGGCCAGGGCGCUGUCGCCAGGGGACUGCAACUCGUAGAGGGAGACUCAUCAUGGAAGCGUCACGACCUCGAGAGGGACUCUUUCAUAUUUCUGAACACAUUGUUCCGUGGACCUCCAGCGCCUCCAGAGAAGACGGCCGCUGGAAAGGAGGAGCUUGCUAGUUAUGCGCCUGGUGAUGUAUACAGUGAUAUAUUUUCACAUCGUAACUUUUUCUCUUUUAGAUGGGUCCCGGCAGAGUUCGAUGUCCAGGAUCCAUAACCUAACCACAAGUAAGGUCCUCUAAGAAUAGGAGAAGCGGAAAGGCGCCUGGAAGUCUGGGUGGCCGAAAACGACAAUUGCGCCCAAACCAAGUGGUGGCGUCGGAAAAGCGUCGUUCUUCAAAUUAUGAAUCAUCUCAAGCAUGAGCAUAAAGACCAUCCUGCCAGUACUGAAAUCAACAACGUAAUGACCCACGAACAUCACGGCCAAGGAAACAACAGGAGCAAGAUGAUCAUAAUGACAGCAACGCGAAGAUCAACAACAUCAAGACCAUCAUCAUCAUCAUCAUCAUCAUCACCAUCAUCAUCACCAUCAUCAUCACCAUCAUCAUCACCAUCAUCAUCACCAUCAUCAUCACCAUCAUCAUCACCAUCAUCAUCACCAUCAACAACAGCAACAAGAUCAAAGUCUUAAGGUCUUAAGCGUGUGCAGGCUAAAAAGAGUUAGCUGAUGAGUAAGAUAGUCGGCACGGAUCUAGUUAGCUUAGUCGGGUGCAAGGCGCCAAGCCUGCGGGCUCUUCGCAGAUAUGAACCACAAAAGCCAAAUACUUUGGCUUCUCAUUUUUAUCCUGUGCUUGUGCAGAUUAGCACUAGGCACAGGACAGGGGCGACAUCGCGGAGGAUGAUGAAGAACACCAUCCUAAACCGUAGCCAUUGGGCUACCUUAUGCUUAAUCUAAUUUUGCCGGUGACCUGGAUGACCUGGAGGCCAAGAACUAAAACUGCAGACCCACAAGGGACUCAGUCUGCGUCUGAGCAAAUUGGUAGUGGCGGAAGUGAACCAUGGACAGCUUCCCUUAGCGAGGAAGUACUGUUGCGUGUCGGGCAACAGCUGACGGAGCUUCUCAAGACGCUGAGCAACCGUCCGCAAUCCAUAGUGGACACCACGCAGAACUUAAGGCUACCGCGAUACAAGCAUCCCCUCAGCUCCAUCAUCCUUGGUUCAUCUUUUUCUAUAGUUGAACUGAAGCUUUAUGAUAGUACAAUGUCUAAUAUCACUACUUAUUUUUCUAUAGUCCUUGGAAAAGACCGAAACCCCGAGGGAUAUGGCCACUCUCAAGGAGGAUGCGAACGCGGUAGCUCUAACUAAGACCGGUAAUGGCGAAGCCAGUGGGGGAGAUGAUGGUAAGUCCAUGAUACAGCUCUCGCCAGCCAGUCCAUCGAAUUUAUUUAACGGCAAGAAUCGUUUGCUAGUGGAAUUGCAGAACGAGAACUCACACAACUACAAUUUCCUGCUUCUCACAUAUUUGCUAAGUCUGGUACCGGAUGUCGCUAAAGAAACGUGGAGUCUACUGAAAAGGCAAGACAGGGCCGCGAAGGGGAAGAUGAAGUUAUGAACAAGAAAAGAUGAUAUUAAUAUUCUUUUUUCAAUCGGAUCUGUCUCAACACGUGGAUUCAUGUCACUUCUCCUCCUCUUGUUUGAUUGGUGGGGUUGUUUACUUAUGGUUUGAAAUUCAUGCAGACUAGAACUUUUACUGUACCAGCGGUUGAGAAAGGAGAAGCAUACUGUCUUGUGGAUGUCGUUCUGUUGUAUUGUCCCUUUUUCGUGUAAUGUGAAUCAUGUACCACUUGAAUUUUAUUUACUUAGUUACCUACAACUUAACUACAAUGAAAAUGAAUCCAUUAAAUAUAAGAUGCAGAUGUCCCUUCAUUAUUUCCCGACCACGUCGAGAAGUAUGUAAAGGGUGCUUCCACGAACUUGGUAGACGUGGGCCAACUUUAUUUGACGCAAGUGGAGGCAGAAUCUGAGCAACAGGCGCAGCUAGUGAAGCAGUCAGACAGCACGACUCCAGUUGCACUCUUCUACUCGUUCUGCCACGCCGUGCCGCCUCUGGCGAAGACGGGGGCGAUAAGCGGAGUAGACGUGCGUGAGGUCAGAGGAGCAGCUCCGGUGAAAACCGAGGCAGGCGAACAAUCUGAAGCUUCCUCACUCUUAGGAUCUUGCGAGGUCUUGGAAAAGACAGGCCCUCUUCUUACAGUGUGGGAUGCUGCUGAGAAAGGCGUUUUCGACAUGCUCCAGUCGAAGGAGGUUGCCGCUGGUGUUUCAAAAGAGUGGUCACUGCAGUUGCGAAUGAACCUUGGUUUAACCCUUGGCAGCAAGUCCUUUGCUAUCCUUGGAGAAGAGACUUCAUCAGGUUACGACUCCCAAAAACCCCUACGUUAAUCAGCAGCAACAGUCAUGCAUCUUCUCGGAAUAGUAAAUGGAACCAACAGACAUAAGUAGUCACAACAUAAGUAACAAACAAGAACAAGAGAGCCAUAAUUUUUAUCGAACUAGGACAUCGAGAAAAUAUAUAGCGUCUAGUAUUUUCGUCUUUUUAGAAAGAUGCAUGUCUUAUGAGAUGAUGGAUUUAAUGGGACGAAGAUCUAAUUUUGAUUGGGACAAAAUAGCGAACAAGAAGGUCGCACAAAGAAUGUGGAGCAGCACGGCCGCGACGACCUGGAGAACAAGCGUGUCCAAUUUCUGCUGCGUCUCUUGCUUAAGGCUUCUUAAAUUUCGAUAGAGUAAGAUUCAUAAGAAGUCUGUUCUUUCGUUGUGCAAGUAGGUAUAUUUCUUCUUCUUUGGUUUUGGGUGGUUUAGGGUCUCUUUUCUUCCAUGAGUCUCUUGCUCUUCUUUCUCCUUUCUAUCGACGUGAGUGAGAUGUCAUGAGUUUGAGACAUCAGAUACGACACACGCGUGAGGACUACCUUGAUGAACCAUGAAGAUCGUGUGAAGAUUGAUUCUUGACUCUUCUGUGCGAUGUGCAGGAUCCAUAGAUAGUAUCGAUCGUGACCAUGACGGGAUCCAGAAGAGAGUCUUCGUUUCUAGUAAAUUAUACUAGAAUCCCGUUAGUAAUAUCAUCCAAAGCUAACCGAACCCUCUUGUUCUCUAAGCCGCGGCAGCCGCGUGAGGACGCAAUCACGGCGGCAGGCGAAAAAGUGAAAGAGGCCAGCUCAGCGGUAUCAACAGUUGAGGGUGUAGUAGGUCCAGAGAAGUAUCAUGAGGCAGCAGACACAGCAAUGAAAAAAAUGAAAGCAGCAGACUUAAGACUCCCAUUACUACUUAAUCAUGAAGAUGUGCAUGCAUGCUUACUUAAACGUGAUUGAGAUCGGGUUAGCAGAGGACAUGCAAUAGAUGAUAUUCAUGUUUAUCACCUUUUUUCUAGUUUUUUGCGGACCAAACUGUAUUCUACUGUAGCACGUGCCAACACACGGCCAGAUGUUGACUUUUAGAUCGCCCACAUACUACAUAGACGGCCUCUAACAAAAGAAAGCAUUACUACGCUGACCGUGGAACUACCCAAAUUUGACGAUAUCCUGGCUGGUCUAGAGUCAAAGAACAAAGCAGGACCAGGAGACAACAUUAUUAACUGUGGGGAGAUUCAAAAGUUGUGGGAAACUGGAGCUGUGGGGAGCGCGCACGAGGAGAAGGAGCGAGAAGGUCGGGCGACUGCAGGUGGUGACAGCGGGCGACUAUCGGCACUGAAAGCCUCAUGUGGCUUCUUGAAGAACCUCGUGAACGUCAUAGGAGGAGCGAGAAAUGAAGUGGCGGAACAAAUAAAGGAACUCAGACAAAUAGUUACGGCUGAGCAAGAUAUUGAUAGGGGAAGAAACUAGUGUUAGAUGUCUAAAAACGCAGAGCAUGAGUCAUGAUCAAAGCAUGUAAUUAGUUGCCCAGAUGAAGGCGAAGCAUGUAAGUCGAGAGCUCUAAACUUUCAAUGGCCCUCGACAAGCUUCGAGCGACAAUGGCAAAGUCGCAGCUUGAGUCUUGCAAUCAGCAAAUGCAGCGUCUGUUUUAUGGCUCUUGAUAUACCGCCGUUCCCACAAAUCUAGCUAUCUCAAUCCCAGAUGGUUUCCUGGCUAGGAUACUGACAUAGAGAUAGCAUUGAGCAGAAAGAGAAUUUGUGGCGAGACAACUCUAAAAUGUAGAUAAAUCAUCUCAUGCGGCCAACACCUGGACUGCCUCUAGUAUAGCCACCAUACGGCAGUGAUAGGUUGAUUUUCACUCCUGAUGUGUUGCGUCAGGUGGUAUGCAAGGUGGGCGUGGAAAUCAUGUACUUAAGAGCAAAGGGGACAACCAGGCAUCCACCUAAGCACAGGUAGUGAAAAGCUCGAUCUAAUCCGGGUCACCCAGGAGAUGACCAAGCCAGGGGGUGUUGAGAUUGUUCUGGCGAAAGCCGGGGCCGCAUGCACAACGGAUCCUGAUAUGACUUCUGAAAUAGAGGGACUUGUUUCCAAAGUAGAGAAUCUUCUCCGCGUCGAAAGCUUAGUGGCCAGCAUGGACAUGGAGACAUUUUCACUUUCAGCAGGGAAGUUGGACCCGUCAGCCAACGAAGGUGAGGGCGGUGCGUCUGGUCAGCGUCUACGACAGCUUCGCGAGCUUGAGGUUAAGACUCGUCCUAAUUCAUCACGAACACGAAAAGCAUCUUGGUAGGCUUGUAGACGGGAAAGCCGUUCUGCAAACAGACGCUUGUCACGAUGAGUUUGAAUUUGAGCAAUCUCUAACGAGACGGGCCUGGCGGGCGCAAAGGAAAACCUCAAGCGUGUCUGUGGCGAUCAUGACGAUGACAGUGAGCCUUCGCCCUGUGGAAGUUCCACAGGGAUGGCCCUGUUGUCGAAAUUUGUACUGAUGGCGAAGAGUCAGAUACCAGCAGGAGCUCAGAUUCAGGACUCCCAACAAUUAGAAGGCGCAGGGGCGCCCACUGGCUGGGCCAAUGUGUUGGAGGCGCUCUUAAAGGUGGUAAAGCCGAGCGCCGAAUCGCGGCAGAAAGCCUGCAAAAACCUCCGCGAAAAAGUGAAGGCAAUGCCGUGGAAGGACUUCAAGCUCUCGAACUCGAUGAAACCAGACAAGCUACAAGGCCUCCUCGGGACUCUGGACGACCAGGUGAAAGAGGUAAAGAAGCAACUCCUGUCGAAAGCGGUGCCGCCUGUGAGUUAUGGCUUUCGAGGAAGGCGAAGCUUUCGUUUAAGCAGGUUUGAGCGAGUGAGUUCGUGAGAUCGUUUCCAUUCUUCCAUGCAGCGAGGGUCGCGCAUCCUACACGCGGGCACUCAUCCAAUCGCCACCCUCCAAUCGCCAAGCAACUUGCAUCCUGGCAAAUUCAACCAUUCGAGUUUUUCUUUUUCCUCCCACCCACUUCUUGCUGAGAUCUUACAUGCUCUCACUCCACACUCGGCCUACUGAGGACAGCGGUUCUCUCCAUCGGCAUAGCACCUUGGGCGAGCGUUCAGAGUUCACGAACUCUGUCCGUCUGGUAGGCUAGUCUGGAAUGCUGGCCGGCGGGCAAAGUAAUUAUAUACGUACCAGGGAGGGAGGCCCCCCUCCCUGUGGAUGGAUCUGGGGUGGACCACGCCAGAGGGGUCCAGCCUGGCCACCUUUGCGCGGUCUGUAUGGUUGGCCACAUGCAGCACGCCAAGGGGGUGGGUCCCCCCUUGCCUCCUCUGCCAGCUCUGUCGGGUACCGCGACACGCCAGAGGGCGCCAGCCUUGCCAUCUUUGCCAGGUCUGUCGGGUGCAUGCAACAAGGCAGCGGGGCCCUGUCUUUGCCACCUUUGCCCGGUCUGUAGGCGUAGGGUACAUGCAAGAAGCCAGAAGGGGCCAGAAGUGGGCGCUUUGAGGCCUUCCCGCCCGGCAGCCCCUCGAAAAGAGGGGCCGGGGCGGGGAGGCUCCCCCCCCUCUGUGGAUGGAUCGGUGGGGGACCACGCCAGAGGGGUCGAGCCUGGCCACCUUUGAGCGGUCUGUAUGUUUGGGACAUGCAGCACGCCAAGGGGGUGGGUCCCGCCUUGCGUCCUCUGCCAGCUCUGUCGGGUACCGCAACACGCCAGAGGGCGCCAGCCUUGCCACCUUUGCCAGGUCUGUCGGGUACAUGCAACAGGGCAGCGGGGCCCUGCCUUUGCCACCUUUGCUCGGUCUGUAGGGUACAUGCAACAAGGCAGCGGGGCCCCGCCUUUGCCCCCUUUGCCAGGUCUGUCGGGUACAUGCAAGAAGCCAGAAGGGAUCAAAAAGUUAGAUCGGGGGGGCCUUCCGCCCUGAGCCCUGAAGCAUAGAUAUAUAUGCGUUCAUUCUCUAAGUAAGUGCUCCUGCUGGAGCUGCACGAUCCGGGCUCCUGUCCGUGCUCAGCCGGGGGACAUCAACUGCGACAAAGCCGGCGGCAGCUUCUUCUGCGGCUCCGGCAAAAUCAUCUCCUCCUGGCGCGAAAGCGAAACCAAAGGCGUCAUUUGCGGAACUAUCAAGUGAACAGGCAAUGGCCCCGAGCGCGUCAAGUGCGCAAAUGUCACUUGAAACAGCUACUAGCGCAUGA